ACUUCGUAGAUUUCACUAACGAUAAUAAAUGCAUCGCCAACCCGCGAAUACCUAUUGCAAGAAACAUUCGCGUCGUGAUAUUUCUCAUAAUGAGCUCUUCCGUAGCAACUCUCCCAUUCUACACUUAUCAGCGCCUCACCGCACCAGACACCAUCAGGCUGAUCAACAUUUUGCCUCCGAGGAACAAAGAUACCGACCAAAAUCUAGAAUGUACAUUCUCAGUUGUAUCACUAAUCGACAGACCUGAGUUUGUGGCUCUCUCGUAUACAUGGGGCGAGAAUGCCUUCACGGAGACACUCGUAUGUGGGGAAGGCAAUCUGAAAAUCACGAAGAAUCUCCACGCCGCACUCAUCCAGUUCAGACGUCCUGACAGACCGUUGACGAUUUGGGCUGAUGCAGUUUGCAUCAAUCAAGCAGACGAUGCAGAAAAAUCGCUCCAGAUACCCCUCAUGGCUGAUAUUUAUGGGCAAGCAACCGAGGUUCUCAUUUGGCUUGGAGAGGAGACAGAGGGCACCAGAGAUGUCAUGUUAUAUCUGAAAAGAAUCGGGCAAAAGUUCGUCGAUCGAGGUGGAGACAUUCUCGAGCCUCGGGAAGAACGUAGUCCAGAAAAUGAUGCUCUUUGGAAAGACCUGAUUGAAGAUCCCAAUUUGGAGAAGACGAACAUGAUUUGGACCAGGCCCUGGUUCUCAAGAAUUUGGAUCAUCCAAGAACUUGCUCUAGCACAUAGAGCUAUCGUCCAUUGUGGGAACGCGAGUUUGGACUGGGACGUCUUGUUCGCAGCUUGUAAGGCUCUUGGCCGUGCUGCCACUGAUGGGAGCCAUUUCUGGAAUCAGACAGCGAACCAACCACGCCGCUUCAGAGCAAUGACGACCUUGAAUGUAUGGAAACUCGCAGACAUAAGAAAUUCUAUGCGCCACCAAGCAAUAGUGACAAGCGAACAAAUUCUAGAAUGUCUGGAUGCUGCGAGGAAUUUUCAUUGCCGAGACCCGAAGGACAAGGUAUUUGGGCUAUCGAGUAUUCUCAAUCGAGGGACAGAGGUUGCCUUCGGCAUCGAAUACGGACGAUCUGAAGCAGAGAUAUUCAUUGAGUUCGCUCGAUGGAUUCUACGUCACAGCGACAUCGUAGAUGUUUUAUCGUUCGCUGGGCUCGCAAACCACUCGCUGAUCCCGGACAGCCUAGACUUACCUUCAUGGGUACCAGACUGGCGACUUCCUUAUCGCUCACCGAUCGAUAACCUAGGAGGCUUCACAGCAGGACACAAAUUAACUUCGAUGUCGGAGCUUGAUGACUCUGGCGACCAGAUUUUAGUGAAGGGCAUGCUCGUAGACAAGGUCGUCGCUGUUGUGCGAGAAAGUGACGCUUUCGCUGAGCCAGGUCAGGACCGCACAUCUUCUUUCCUUAGUCCUGCACAUCUCCCAGAGUGGUAUGUCCAGGUUGAGCUUGUAAUAAACCAGGUGAUGAAAACGUAUUGGGGAAGUGACGACGAAUAUAUUGGCGGUGGCAAGCUCUGGGAGGCAUUAGGGCGAACUCUUAUCGUCGACCGCAACGACCCCAUUUUUGACUACGAACGAGAUCGUCCUCAGGCAGUGUCUCCUAAUGAUCCUGAAGCGCCGCCAUACAGCUUCUUUGCUCACUUCCGGGCUCGUCUGCUGAGUUCCCUUGCGCCUCCAGAGCUGCCAGAGUCGGGAUCAAUGCCGCCUUUGACAUUCAUGCCAUAUGAAUCUAUGGAAUACUACACUCGUGUCGCUGUAAUAACAUCUGAUCGUUGUUUCUUCGUCACGAGUCUCGGAUACAUAGGUAUCGGUCCCAAAGGCCUGAAGCUCAACGAUGUAGUCUGUGUACCUGCGGGUGCCAGCGUGCCUUAUAUCCUUCGACCGCUGAAUCCCGACUUCAGACUUUACUGGCAGGGUAUUGAGAUAACAAGGCGAGCAUUUGUACAAUUACCGAACGGGGAAGGACUGUUACCUUACGUGCUGCGGAGCAACGAGGAAACUUACACUUUGAUUGGGGAGUGCUAUGCUCAUGGGUUGAUGAGAGGUGAGGUUUGGCAUUCCAAAGGUAAUUUCUUUGAAGACUUCAAAAUUGUAUGAGACAUGUAAAUUAGUGCGAAAAGCAGCUCCAUUUCCACGACGUGAAUUUUGUCUUCAAGACCUCAGAUACUCCAUGUCGCGAAUACUAGUCGGAGAGGUCUCCAUUCAAAGUUAGCUCUCUUGAAAGGAUC